AUGGGCCAAUCUUCUGGUUUGGAUGAUGUGGGCCAGGGGCUCACUGACUCCAUAGUCACCGUCCGACCUGACGAGGAUCAAGGGUACUUUCGUCCGGUGUUGUCGACUUCGGGCUCCUCGAUGAACAUCGUGCUGACGAUCUACUCCUCUCAGGAUGCCCAAGAUGCCAUCGAGUCGCUGGCCUCGGGCGAGGACUCGAGCCAUACCAGCUAUGACCAGAUCUUCCGGGACUCCGUAUUGGACAGCGGGGAACUCAUGGCGUUGAGUCUUCCAUCGGAGGGAAGUCACGACUUCAUGGGGAUAGGCCAUGAACUGAACCAGGCGCAACCCAUCCCUGAAACCAUGGAAGACCUGCCCAUAGGGGAUGUGCCCAGUGCAGGCCCAUCGUCGCAAUUUCCUCCUGCAAACUCGACCACCACGGCUCGGCCGAUGAUGGGCCUCCCAAGUGUGGAAACCCGUCCCGAAUCGCAGUGGGACUUGGAUGAGGUGUGCAACACCAUUCGACUGAUCCAGGCCGGUAGACCAUGCGAACAGGAACAAUUGUUUCGGACCCGACAGUACCUGCUGUCCCUCACGGAGCUUGUCAGUGCCCAGAUCGUCUUGCCGCCCCCCGCACCACCGAUUCCACCCUCGUCCAAGGCCUCUUCGAGUCAGUAUCGAGCGCGGUGUCUGCUGUGUUCUGAGAACCCCGAGACUGUUAGUACCCCUUACGCCUUCAGGCGCCAUGUAAACAGGCAUAUUCCCCAGUUCCUGUAUCACUGCCCUGCACAGGCCUGCCAGCACAAAUUCUACACUCGACGUGACAAAAUGCGCAACCAUGUCUUGUGUCGACACCGCCUGAACCCUGAUAUCAUCAAUCAAUAUCGGGUCGAGGUACCGCCUCCGGGUUUCUGUCCCCUGUGUUCGGAAACUGUUCAGGGCUGGGACAAUCUCUAUAAGUGUCUCGAGGUUCAUUGCCGUAUUGCCGCCCCUCCGUCGGUCGAUGGAGACAUGUUGAAUCAGGGCCCCGGCCCCGGUCCUGGUGGCAACGGAGGAGGACAUGCUUCUGGUAAUGGGGCGUUCCUGCCCGGUUCUGGCGCGGGAGGAAUGUCCUCGAAUUAUACCCACGCCGGGUAUGGCCACGGCCAAGGCACUACCUAUGGAUCCGCAUACAAUGGCUACAACCAAGGAAUGCCCAGAAACUAUGCCAGACCCGGUGCCAUGCCUCACACCCGAAUGAACACACUGCCCACAAACGUUCCAUUGCCGGGAAUAGCAGUCAUCUCGACCACCAUUCACACCAAAAUGGUUCUGGAAACCCCCCCUCAGCCCGACGUCCUCAGCCAGAAACGCAAGCGUCCAUCCCAGCCCAAGAAACCUCAGCCCAAGCCAGAGCCGGAUGUCGAGACCAAGUGCACGCAGUGUGGCCACCCUUUCAAAAGCUGUCAUUUGUGUCACCAGCAGAAACAGUCAUCCCAUGGCUGCCAUGAGUGUUGGGGCCAGUCCGCACUCCCGGUGAAGGACAAUAUUCUUCCCAACAUGGCUGCAUCCGCUCCCCAGGACUCGUCCUACAGCCAGCCUCUCGUCAAUCCAUAUAAUCUCCACAACCUCGGGGUCCUCCUCCCGGAAUUGGGGAAUGGGCAGAGCAUCCGGAUGCCUCUGUCCCCGGCCUAUGGAUCGCAUGGGGCAAUGCAAAUGCAGGGGGGAUCAUUCAACAACAUGCCGACAUCUCGGAACCAACAAAAUCAAAAUCCUCCUGGAGGAAGUCCCUUCAUUGGGCUUGCCGUUGCAACCGACCCAAUUGCCUCCAUCUCGGAGACCCUCAGCCCUAAAUACCAAACCCUCGACUCUGACACUGAUUUGCUGCACGAUCUGGGCCUGGGAACCCUGAUCAAGCCAAACGGUGUCAAGGUCCAGUCCACCGGAACCCUCCCGAAACUCCUUCGGGAUGCAACGAGUGUCUCAAAAACUGGCCCGGGCACCACUGCUAUGAACAAGCCACCACCCUCAGCCCCAGAGGCAAAACCUAGCCCGCCCGGAGAAUGCCAGUGCCCCUACCGCACCGUCCCGCGCGUCCACUACUCAGCUCAAACCCGCGCCGAGCUCUCCCCGGGAAAACACAUCGAGAUGUCUUUCAAGAUGGCACCCGCGGACCGCGAAGCAGCUCAUCCACUACGCACGCGCGUGCGUGUUGUAGUGAAGCUGCUCAAGCUGCGCUCAUCGGUGGCAGGUACCAAGCAGAAGGGAGAGAAGGAAAGCCAUUCUACUGGCACCUGUGUUCCCGAGUCGUCUCCUCCAGAGUCCUGCAAGGAGGAGUGGUCGUCUGCCUGUGAGCAAAUCGCACUGUCGAAUUUCUCCAACAGCUUCGAGGAGAUUGAAUCGACCUUCUCUUUCAGUUUUGAUCUCAGGUGGGCUAUCCGGCAGCUCUCUCGCUGGUCUUGGGAGCUGGAUUGUGAUACGUGCUUGAAGUUCAAUGAUCCUGGCUAUGUGCUGGAUUUGGUUGCUUUUUAUGUCUUGCAGGUCUUUCUGCUGGUGUCGCGUAUUGGGGGUGAUGGGGUUGGUUUGCUGAUGAGUAGUUGA